CCCGCCCCGCUCCUCUCCGCUCCCCGCCGGCCAUGGCGCGGCUCUUCGGGCGGCUGCGGGCGGCCGUGCUCGGCGUGGUGCACGUGGGCGCGCUGCCAGGGACGCCGAGAAGUUCUCUUCCGUUGGCACAAAUCAUCGAUCAAGCUUGUCAAGAAGCAGAAGCAUACAAAGAUGCUGGCGUUGAUGGCUUGAUAGUGGAGAACAUGCACGAUCGGCCCUACACACUGUGCCCUGGGCCUGAGGUGACGGCCGCCAUGACGGCAGUGGGCACAGCGGUGCGGCGGCUCUGCCCGCGCCUCGCCUUGGGUGUCCAGGUGCUGUGUGCUGCCAACCAGCAGGCCAUGGCCGUGGCUCUUGCCGCAGGUCUUGAUUUUAUCCGGGUUGAAGGUUUUGUGUUUUCUCAUGUUGCUGAUGAAGGGAUCAUAAAUGCCUGUGCAGGUGACCUGCUACGAUACAGGAAACUAGUUGGAGGAGAGAAUAUUCAGAUUUUUGCUGACAUUAAAAAAAAACACAGUGCUCAUGCUCUGACGGCAGAUAUCAGCGUGGCUGAGACCGCCUCUGCUGCUGAGCUCUUCCUGGCUGAUGGGGUGGUACUGACUGGUACAGCGACCGGGCUGCCCGCCGACCCUGGGGAGCUGAGAGAGGUUCAACAUGCUGUGAAGAUUCCUGUGUUGAUUGGGUCUGGAGUGACUCUGGAGAAUGUGAAGAAUUACUUGGAUGCAAAUGCUCUAAUAAUUGCAAGCUCCUACAGCUUUGUACCUCUUCAGACUAGCACUAGCGAUGUUAAAAUCUGCCAGGUUCCUUCCAGCACACAAGGUGUAAUUAUGAUGGAAUCAUUUCUACCAGAACUGACAGGACCUUACCCAGCCAAGAUGCCCAUCCGUGUGGAUCAAAUGAUGCAACUGCUUUGCAGUGUUUCUCAGGAGAAGGGAAUGACAGCAGCUGUCAAGCACUCUGGUCGAGGAGCGCUCCUGGCAGGUGCAACCGCGUUUGUUGGGGGCUUGGUAGGAGGUCCACCUGGUAUCGCUGUAGGAGGAGCGCUUGGUGGAUUGCUUGGUGCCUGGAUGAGCAGCGGACAGUUCAAGCCGGUCCCUCAGAUUUUAAUGGAGUUGCCUCCUGCCGAGCAGCAGAAACUCUACAAUGAAGCCAUUGCUAUAGUCAGGAACCUAGACUGGACUGAUAUUGUUCAGCUGACUGCACUUGUAAUGGGAAGUGAUCACCUCCAGCAGCUGUUGGCAAGAAUGGUGAUAAAUUACCUCACCACAGAGCUAAGUGCAGCGAUAAAGUAUGCAGAAUAAACCUUUUCAGGCCAGGUUUUUAGAUUUUGUUCAAUUUUACUCUGACAACUGUGAUUCUCUGAUGUAGCAAUUAUUGGGAUUAGGAUUGUCAUUAUAGCUUUCAUUUCUCAACUGAGUCUGAAUAUCCUCUGUUUUCAUUUAAAAAAAUACUAAGAAGCAUCACAAUGGUCUAUGUUUUGCUUUAGAGGAAUUGAACUGAUGGAGAACUGGGAGAUUCAUAUCCCAGCCAGUUGUUCUGUUUGUUUCAAGGCAAUCAAUAAACUGUUUAUCAGAUGUGA